GCCCGGCGGAAGUAAUACACGAUGCAAAAUGGCCGCAUUGGUUGCUAAAUGAACGAGUGGAAGAAAAGUCUAUAUUGAUGCUUAAACAUAUCCCCCGCUAUCCUAUCUAAUAAUAAUCAAUAUAUUCAGUGUUGUUGCGAUCAAUAUAUUUGGUCUCAUGGCAAACACGCUGGAUUUCCGGACCCAUGCUGAUCAGUCAUGCAGAUAUUCAGAAGAGUUUGUCAACAUUUAUUACGACUGCAUGGAUAAGAAGAGGAGGAACUUGACCCGACUCUACUUGGACAAGGCGACCUUGGUGUGGAACGGGAAUGCGGUGUCAGGGCAGGUUGCUCUUGGCGAGUUUUUUGAGUCCUUGCCCUCGAGCGAGUUCCAAGUUCAAACACUGGAUUGUCAGCCAGUACAUGAGCAGGCAACCCAAGGUCAGACUACACUGCUCGUGGUGACUGGUGGGACAGUGAAGUUCGAAGGGAACAAGCAGCGUUUCUUCAACCAGAACUUUCUUUUGACCGCUCAGGCUACACCCAACAAUGACCAGCCUGUUUGGAAGAUUGCUAGUGACUGCUUCAGAUUUCAAGACUGGAAUAGCUGAGGCCUUCCUCAUCGCCGCUUUUCACUCUAAAAUGUAUGAACACUCAACAGUGAUGAUCUAAUUCCAGUUUUUUUUUUAUUUCCGUUUUUGUAAUAAAAAAAAAUAAAAAUGUCAUACACCACACAAUACAAAAAAAAGGUUUAUUCUUGAAAUGUUGGAACAAGGCAUGUGUUCAUAAUGGAGUAAUAAAUACAAUUAGGAUCAUCAAACAACCAACUGUGAAGCAACUGUCAAUGUGUGCGUCUUUAAGUUUAAAUGAUGCAAAUCCAUCAACACGACAACACUUGGAAAAAAUACAUAGAAAACACUCCCUAUUAAAAUGAACAGAUAACCUUAUACCAAAUUGUACAUUAACCUGUGAACUGAAGUAAAAUAUGCACAGUAUUACAACAGGUUCUGACUAGCUAAUGCAAAUAACCAUCUCAUUAAUUUGUUAGUAGCAACACAUGCUUGCUCAUAAAUAAAUACACUGCCCACAAGAAUUUUGACAAAAGGGCUUUCUAUACAAGUAACCCACUAUUUGACAAUUUCAUAUAUUAGAACAUUUGCUUAUCUUCCUGAGUCAUUUAUGAUAACACAUUUUGGUCUUACUUACCGAAUAAAUUGACACAAUAGCAAAAGUAUAAAUUAAACAUCACUCAGAAAAAGAAAAUCUGUGGAUAAGCAGACACGAUCACAAGUAUGUUUAAUUCUAUAUGA